AUGAUUCUUAUUGGCAUUUUUUUAACUAUUUCCAGUAUUUGCACAAUCAUUGGUAAUCUACUAGUAGUCUUGGCUAUUGGAUUAGUAAAAAAACUACGUACACCAAGUAAUUUUUUAAUUGUUAGUUUAGCUGUAAGUGAUUUACUAGUCGGCUUAUUAGUGCAACCAUUAGCUACUUUACGUGAAUUAUAUGGUUAUUGGCCAUUAGGUGAAGGUAUGUGUGAUAUGUUCAUUUCAUUUGAUGUAUUUAUGUGUACAGCGUCAAUUCUAAAUUUAUGCGCUAUAUCGAUUGAUCGAUAUUUAGCAAUUACUCGUCCAUUACGUUAUGCAGCGAAACGUACACCAAAGCGUAUGAUGCUAAUGAUAGUAUUAGUAUGGUUAUUUUCAGCAUUGAUAAGUAUACCACCAAUGUUUGGAUUUAAAGAACCAUUUGUUACUGGCUUAUGUGAAUAUAGUUCUAAUAUUAUUUAUCAAAUCUAUGCGACGUGCGGUGCAUUUUAUAUUCCAUUAAUUGUAAUGAUCGUAUUAUACGGACGUAUACUUAUAUUAGCACGUAAUAUGGCACAGGCUGAUGCUAAACAACAUCGUGUUACUGAAUCUGUCACACAAACAAAUGUACAUAGUUCAUUGGAAAGUGAACCAACAGAACAAUUUAAAUUUGAGAAAUUAAAACACACAACUACAUCCAUCACCAAUGCGACAAUCGAAAACAAAUCUGAUAUAUCAGUACCAUUAAAUAAUGAACAGAAUAACAUAGUUUCUUCACCUAAUAACACUAGUAAAGAGAAAUAUCCAUUACCUCCAUCAGAGUUAUGUCGACGACGUAAACCACGUCCAUUGAGAAGACUUAGUUAUGGUGAUGAGCUGCUUACUAGCAAACCAUCGGAUAUUAUUAUAAAGAAUGUGAAAGUACCAAGGGGUACAUCUGAAUGUUCAUCUACCAUGUCUUCUAUUGAACAAUUUGAACAACAUGUUAAAGAAUUGAAACAAUUAAGAGCGGAAUUUUUCGCCGCACCAUAUACACGUCAUUCGAUUACAUUAAAUGUAACACAAUUAAGAAAUAAUAUUGGUAAUAAAGAGAAUGAAAAUAUAAAUUUAUUGACUUUAAAUACUGAUACCUUUAACAAUAUCAGCAAUAAUAGUAGUUUGGUACAACAACAACCACAACCGGUGACAAUGAUACCCAAAAAUAAAUCUCUAUUAUUGACUGAUUAUAAUCGAUCGAGAAAUUCCAUAUUUUCACCACCUCUCCUAUCUGUUUCACAUUAUUUUGAUGAAUCUAAUUAUAUGAAUAGUUUAUCACAAAUUUCUGAAGUUGUGCCAAAUUCAUAUACUACAAAUGAUAAUCAGAGAAAUAAUAAUAAUAAUAAUGCUGAAGAAUACAGCAGUAAUUUAAUGUUAACAUCACUAGAAACUACUCCAUUAAUGGUCAGUAGUACUAAUAAAUCAUUAACUCCAGCUCCUGGUGAUAUAAAGAGAGAUUUCUACUAUCCGCCAUCAUAUGGCACACCAUUAAUUGAACCUAGAUUAACUACAAUGCAUCCAGCACGUCCACGACAAAGACCAUUUCAUACACCAAGAAGAUCAUUUACAGCAGCUAAUGAAUAUAUCCAUAUUAAUCGACCAUUUCUAUUAGAUUUACCUAAUUAUGCAAUUGAUCGACGAUGUAGUUCACCGUCUACAUCACAUCAUUUUCCUUGGAAUCAAACUAUUCAUCGUAAUGUUAGAAAAGAUGUACAUCAUUCAUUAGGUCUGUCAACAAACACUCGAACAACAACAACAACAACCACUACAAUUACAAAUGAUAAUGAAACUACAAUGAAUAUUACUGAUAAUAAUAAUAAUAAAAAUAUUAAUAGUAAUAGUAAUAAUAUGAAUAAUUUUGGAAAAGUUAAUCACACAAAUCCACAUCAAAAGUCUUUCAGUUCUAAUUUUGUCAUGGCUAAUCAAUCAGGAAGUUUAGUUGGAUCAAAUUUGGUAUGUCCUAAAAUGCCACCGGUGAAAAAGCGUAAUUCACGUAAUCAAAAUGAAUCGAAAGCUGUUAAAACACUUGGAAUUAUUAUGGGAUGUUUUACUUUAUGCUGGUUGCCAUUUUUUAUUAUUGCACUCGUCGUUCCAAUACACAAAGUGGUCAGUGGCAAAGAUUUGGAAGUUCCAGACGUGGUUAGAAGUAUAUGCCUUUGGUUAGGCUAUUUAAACUCAACCCUAAAUCCAGUUAUAUAUGUGAUAUUCAAUCGGGAUUUUCGAUUGCCGUUUCGAGAAAUACUUCUAUGCCGAUGUCGUGGCAUGAAUGCACGUUUAAGAUCACGUAAAUAUGCUUUAGAAUAUGGUAUGGCAACUUCUAAUGCAAGUCAAGGCGGUGGUGUUGGUUAUCCCGCAGGCACUGUUGGAGCUGGUGUAGCCGGUGGUGGUGUUGGCUUUGGAUAUAGUUUUUCUGGACCAUCAUUCCCAAACAAUGAAAAUAACAAUUUUAUUGAUUCAGUAAGUGGUGUUAAUAGCGGAGGUAUAAAUUUAUACAAUAAAGCUAGAUCUCCGAUGAAUUCACAUAAUAACCAAAUGAAUAUUUAUCCCAUGGAACGCUUCAGAAAUCAAACAAAUCUUGGUUUCAGGCAUUCAGGUCAAAUAGACAAUCCUAAUUUAUCAAUUGGUCGAUAUGCUGGGCAUCAUAGUGGAUCUGUUUCUUUUAAUCGAUAA